UCUAUAGAGUUUUCAUAUAAUCCCUUCUCUGAUCUCUCUUUCACUUACUUUGCGACAUUAUAUCACUCUUUCAAAAACAUGUGUAUAGCGAAAUCAUACUCCAAAUCCCCACCCAAGUUUGGAAAAACCAGUCCACCUUCGUCUGUGAUCUCCCUCGGUUCCAAUGGCAAAGGAAUGGUUAAAGUGGAGCCCAAAGACAAAAACAAGCCCACGGCGGCUAAGAGCGUUACUAAGCCACCGGCGAAAGAGAACACAAAGCCUCUUGAUUUCAAGCUACGUACCGGGGAAAGAGCUGUGAAACGUGCCAUGUUCAAUUAUUCGGUCGCAACUAAGUACUACGUCACGGAGCUACAGAGAAAGCAAACCGAAAAGCUACAAAAGAUGAUUGAAGAAGAAGAGAUUCGUCUCUUGAGGAAAGAAAUGGUUCCAAAAGCUCAGCUGAUGCCUUUCUUCGACCGGCCUUUCCUUCCACAAAGAUCGAACCGGCCGCUGACAAUGCCGAAGGAACCGAGCUUCAAGAGCUUAAACAGCACUUGUUGGAGCUGUUUCUACAACAACAACAACAGCUACCUCUACCAUUUCCAACAUGCUCAUGCUUGAACUUGAAGUCACUAGUUCGUUUAGAGGGUCUCGUUUGCUGUUCUCUUUUUUGUCCCCUCUUUGGCCAGUUUCUAUCUCUAUGUUUUGGUGACCUUAUCAGCUGUGUAGAUGAAAAAUAAACUUGAUCUUUGGUAAUC